GCAGGAGGCUGUGGUUUGUCAAGCACCUUCUGCCAGCUGAGGCCGUGACUUUGUGUCCCUCCCUGGAGAAGGCUUCAAGGUCAGCCUCUUCUUCCUUUGGUCCUGAGCUUGCCCUGUCUCCUCCUCAUUCCCCAUGUCCACAUGAAAGGGCAGUGUUCACAGGUGGGUUGGUCUGAGAUUGAAAUAGCAAGGCCUGGGAUUUUCUGUUUGAGUAGCCCCCUCGAGUCAGCCUCAGAGGAGCCCAGACCUCCUGGAUGGCUUUCGGUGAGCCUCCCAGUGGGCACGGCACUCGCCACCAGAUGCUGCAUGGACUCAGCUUCCACAUUGCCACGGGUACGACCUGGUCCUUGCACUACCAGGGGCAAGGAGGGACGCUAUGCCAUGGGGUGAGUACUCUAUCUCAAGACAAAGCAGUUCUCCAGUGUCUGCCCCACUUUUCUAUAAACCUGGGAGUCCAGCCCAGUGCAUUGGCUGAAAGGAGAGGAGACGCCUCCUGCUCCAGCUCAGGGCGCUCUGCGGACCCCACUGCCUGCCCCAACCCUGGUGCUCCGGGGGGCCCCAGUGCCAUAGAUGUGCUUCAGGGGGAGCAACUGGGGCUAUUCCAGAGGACCGAAAUGGGCAGAGACCCUAAAGAUAUCCAUGGAUUGACCCCUGCUCUCUGUGGUCCCUGCCUGGCUGGCCUCCCCUCUUCACACUCUCCACAGUUCUCAUGCAAUGCAGCACCUCUAAAAAUGCUGUCCUAA